UUUUACAGCUCAGAAAUUUAAAUUUUGGAAAAGCCAAUAUCUUAGUUCGAGGGCAAGACCGAAAAACCCUACAAAAAAGUCUUGAGACCUUGGACCUUUGAGAGGGGUUAGAGAAACUUAGAGACUUGGAGCUUGGAUCUUUUAAGACCUUAAAGGCUUUGGAUGGCUCUAGAAUUUAAUUUUGGAAAAAUUAUUCUUCAAAAUAAUUUCUCUUGUUUUUCAGCUCGAAAUCCCCAAAACACCAUUUUCGAUGCUAAACGUUUGAUAGGCCGUAAAUGGGAUGAUCCGACAGUUCAAAAGGAUAUGUUACAUUGGCCGUUUAAAUUGCUCAACAAAACUGGACGUCCAACUAUUGAAGUUGAAUUCCAGGGAGAAAAGAAGACGUUUCUUCCUGAAGAAAUUUCUUCAAUGGUUCUUACAAAAAUGAAGCAAACAGCCGAAGCUUAUCUUGGCCAUCCAGUUCGAGAUGCAGUAGUCACUGUUCCAGCUUAUUUUAACGACGGACAGCGUCAAGCAACUAAAGACGCUGGUCAGAUUGCUGGGCUUAAUGUAUUGCGAAUUAUAAAUGAACCGACGGCUGCUGCUUUGGCUUAUGGAUUGGAUAAGAAAAUGAGGGGGGAUCAGAAUAUUCUCAUUUUCGACCUUGGAGGUGGUACUUUCGACGUUUCCGUCUUGUCGAUUGCUGAAGGUUCCUUGUUUGAAGUUAAAUCAACUGCUGGCGAUACACAUUUGGGGGGAGAGGAUUUUGAUAAUUUGCUUGUUGAGCACUUUAAACAAGAAUUCAAGCGUAAACAAGGUCGUGACAUUAGUAACAACCCCCGUGCUCUUCGCCGUUUGAGAACGGCAGCGGAACGUGCUAAGCGCACUUUGAGCAGUUCGACUGAGGCUACUUUGGAAGUCGACUCUCUUUUUGAAGGAAUCGAUUUCCACACAAAAAUUAGUCGAGCCCGUUUUGAGGAGCUUUGCACUCCGUUGUUUAAGAAGACUUUGGAGCCCGUUGAACAAGCAUUGAGAGAUGCCCGCCUUGAUAAGAGCAAAAUUGACGAGAUUGUAAUGGUUGGGGGUUCAACACGUAUUCCCAAAGUUCAGAAAUUGUUGCGGGAAUUCUUCCACGAUAGAGAGUUGAACCUCUCUAUUAACCCUGAUGAGGCAGUUGCUUAUGGGGCUGCUGUACAAGCGGCUAUUUUGUCCGGGGUUCGGGAUGAGACAACAAAGGAUGUUCUUCUCGUUGACGUUACUCCACUUUCUUUGGGAAUAGAAACGGCUGGGGGAGUGAUGACCAAACUUGUUGAACGCAACGCUACAAUUCCUCACAAAACUUCACAAACAUUUACUACGUAUUCGGAUAAUCAACCGGCUGUUACUAUACAAGUUUAUGAGGGAGAAAGAGCUUUGACUAAGGACAACAACCUUUUGGGACGUUUCGAUCUUUACGGCAUCCCUCCAGCCCCUCGAGGCGUUCCCCAAAUUGAAGUUACUUUUGAUUUGGAUGUUAACGGGAUUUUGCAUGUUUCUGCAUUGGACAAAUCAACAGGGAAAUCUAAUCGAAUCCAAAUUAAAAAUGAAAAGGGGCGGCUUAGCCAAUCAGAAAUUCAACGAAUGCUUGACGAGGCAAAGCGUUUUGAGGCUGAAGAUGCGAAACAACGGGAAAGGGUUGAUUCUCGCAAUAAAUUGGAGCAAUAUUUGUAUCAGGUCAAAAAUAGUUUGGAGGAUUAUGGGGACAAACUUCCCCAGGCAGAUCGUGAUCAAGCCAAGGAAGUUGUUGAUAAGACUUUGCGUUGGUUGGAUUCUAAUCAGACGGCGGAAAAGGAUGAGUAUGACGAUCAGUUGAAAGAAUCACAACGAGUUUUGUCCAAAAUUAUGGCAAAGCUUCAUCAAGGAGGGGGUGGUGGAGCUCCUCAAGGAGGUGGAGGUGCAAAUUAUGGCAAUUAUGCAAAUGCUGGGGGUCCUAAAGUUGAGGAAGUUGAUUGA